AUGGAUGCCAAUGUCUAUCUGGGUGUCUGGACCAAUUGGUCUCGGGGCCAAGUCUUAGGUGCAACCCUGACCGUGACCAGAAGCUCUGGCAAUCUAGUCAUUGCAUUCACCGCAUUCUUCAUCUCGUUUGUCGGCUCUCGUUUCUGGAGGAUUCUCUGUUUCAUCUCCCAUCGAAUCUAUUCGACCGCUCAGCAACGUGAUGUUAUUCAUCACCAGCGACAGGUGAUCUUACGCAACUCCUCCUCUCCCGAGUCUGGGUUCAUGGCUCUCGUACGCCUUCUCCACGCGUGGCGCAAAACAUCGCUGAAGCGUCGGGCUGCACUACUCCCGCUAGCACUGCUUUCCCUACUCUCUUUAUUGGCCUUCACAGUCGCUGGUGGCUUCUCGUCCUCCAUCUCGUCAGCCAUCGGCGACGAAGUUCUUCUCAUACCCUCACGAUGCGGAGUGACACUCCCAGGUGAUGACGUAGAUCAGAUGGGGUAUGGCACGGCAUUGUCCGCUGAGAAGCUGAACAAUGCCGUCAAUUACGCCCAGCAAUGUUAUAACACUAGCAGUUCGGGAACAUUGGAGUGUGGAAAAUUUCGAUCACCGCGCCUAGAGACACAAAUGGUCAACAUCAGCGCCAGCUGUCCUUUCAAAGAUGGAACUUGUCGAAGUCAAAACGCCAACCUUAAACUCGACACUGGCUACAUUGACAGCAAUUUCCACCUGGGCCUUAACACUCCGAUUGACCAAAGAUUUGCACUAAGGUAUGUGAGGUAUCAGUAUGGGACCUUGUUGGGAGGGUCACUAGAGAACAUGACGCACUACGAUUUCGUUUACGAAGCGGAGGAUAUUGAAACGCAGUAUUCACAUUUGCAAUCGUCUUUUAAACUUGCAGGCGCAAAUUUCAAAGUCAAUGCGCUGUCGUCAUACACAGUUCAAGGCGUCCCUAAACCGCACGCACAAUUCGCCCCAAUUCAAAGCCUGCAACGCACUGAUGGAGACCUGACGAUUGUCUUCCUUUCGGGCAACAGUGUUCUCUUCGGCCAAGUAAUGGAUGAUGAAUGGUAUCGUGCGACACGAAGGUUCGGGACCUUAGCGAGCUACGAGGUCGCUGGGGAGCGGCCUUCGUUCAUCCCCGAAGAAGCAGCAUCUCCUCUUGGGUGCGUGGAACAGUGGCAGUGGUGCAAAGGCAUCCCCGGAUCCGACUCAGACACUAGCACCACCUGUGGCCCGUUAGCCAGUAAGGACGAUGCUCUAACUGGCGCCGCACACCUCUUUGGACUUGACCCUGGUUUCAUGUACGCAGAUAGGCCAGUAUCCAACACUUCGCUUGGGACUACCCUCAUCUGGCCGGGACUGAUUCUCCGUGAAAGUGUCGCGGUCCUCAAUGGGGUCAUAACAUAUCUAGGGCCAAAGUCCCUACUUUCCCAGACGCGCCUCUUCACUGGUAUACAGUGGCAGCUGCCGGCCAACCAGUGGCAGUUGGAUGUCAUCAACUGGUGGAGCACGACUCUGGCCCUUAUCCAAGCUUCAUUCGUCAAUACCGCACUGGGUCCCUCCGAUACGGUGUUUGAUCCAAUGCACUGGCCGCCCAUCAAUGAAUAUGAGACAAAUAUGUGCGAGAGCCAGACAAUACGAAGUAGGGUACAUACUUCUUUCAGCUUGUUCGGUCUGUGCUUCGUUUUCAUCACUGGGAGCCUCAUCGUGGCCAUUUCGUACGGACUGGAACCCGUCCUGAUGCUGCUUCACAGGCGAUUCAAGUAUCAGCAGUACGCGCAGCUAGAAUGGGUGAGCGAUGCCAGUCUGCAGUUGCACCGGAUGGCACACGAAGAGAAUGGGAUAAAGACAUGGUCACGCUGUACGGACACGGUCCCGACCGUCGAACCUGAAAUUUUCCUGGCAAACCUGGACAUUACUGACUUAGAGCAUCCAAUAUUGUCGCACCAUGUAGCCCUGGAUUUUGAAACCAAGGUUGACAAUACAUCCCCGACCUCAGACGCAGAGCAUCUGGCCCCCAACAGUCAAAUAGGUUCGACCCAGGAUUUGGACAGUGAAGUUACCGAGCAUGAUAUUCCGGGAGAGCUAGAAAUAGCUCCUCAUACUCCAAUGACUGCUCGAACGGAGCCGGAGGGCCGGCCAGGUCCAGCGCCCGAAGAGACCGGAACAAUGCUGGCAAAAUUUGGCUCAUGA